AUGGUCAAAACCCGUACAUCUGAAGAACCUCUUGAACCGUUUGAAGAUAAUCCUGAGAAGCUCUUUCGUAAGAAGAGCGAGACUGAAAAAGAUCAAUUAGACAAGAAAAGUGGAGGGAAGCUCAUUGUAGUCGAUAUGGCUAUGGUACCUACACUUCGUGAUGAUGUUGCUGUUUCGGUUGCUAAUAUUGGCCAUUCAUGUAUGGUCUAUCCCAAUCCUGCUGUGGGGAAAAGCAACAGUUUUGAAAUCAAGCAGAAUUUGCUCAUGAGACUACCUGUCUUCCAUGAUCUUCCAACUGAGGAACCUAAUCAACAUCUCUCUAGGUUCGUGACUAUUGUGGAAAGCAUGGGACCUGACAUGGCAGACCCUCAAAUUCUGAAGAUGAAGGCUUUUCCAUUCUCUCUUGACGGAUCAGCUCUUGACUGGCUAGAAGAAUUGCCAGUGAGUUAUAUCACUUCUUGGGAAAAAUUGGCCCAGGAAUUCUUGCAGAAAUUCUAUCCGGCAACUCGAGUCAUGAACAUGAGAAGCCUAAUAGCUGGAAUUCAUCAAAAUGCCACUGAAACUUAUGCUGAAUAUUAUGCAAGAUUCCAAAAGCUGCAAAAGAGAUGCCCACAACAUGGAUUUUCUAAGGGGAGUCUUCUUCAUUUUUUCUAUCAAGGUCUUCAUGAAGGUGAAAAGAAACUCUUAAAUUCAGCUGCUGGUGGUGCUUAUGUAGAUUUAUCUCAUGAUGCUGCGGAGAAACUAAUUGCUAAGGGAGCUGCUAAUGAACUUCAAUAUGGUAGUCGUGCAAGUUCUGGCACAACUCAGGGAGCUCAAUCUGAUCAAAGGCUCUCAAAUAUUGAGCAAAGUAUCGAAAAACUGAAUGCAUUAUUAUUGAGCGCUAAAACACCGACAGCUCAAGUAUGUGGUAUUUGUUCAACUCCGGGACAUUUUACUGAUGGUUGUCCUACAUUGGUUGAACCUACUUUUGAAGAUGUUAAUGCUGUUGGCUUUGGCAAUCAAGGAGCAAACCAAUUCUCUAAUACAUUCAAUCCAAGAUGGAAGGAUCACCCCAAUUUGAGGUACGGGAACACUAACAAUGUUUUGAAUGGGUUUCAAUUUCAAAACAAUUCUGCACCAUCUGGUUUUCUACAAAGGGGGCAAGUCCCUCAAAGCACGAACAAUGAUAACACUAUUGAGAAAUUACUGUCCAAGUUGGUGGAUGGGCAAACGGAAAUGCAAAAACAAUGCACUACCAAUUCUCAAGACAUUAGAGAGAUGCAGAAGUUGAUUUCUUUUGAAGCAGCUCACGUGAAUUCUGUCCAGUGUGUAUGCAUAAUUCUUCAUGGCUUAUCUUAA